AUGGGUAGCAAUCAACUGAUUGAGGGGCUCGGCGGACUCCGUCUGAAUGGUCGCCUCCCUCCCAGUGAUGAAGACGAUGUAUUCAAGCGUUUCCACCAACAACAUCCUAACGCAGAUACAACGAAGGCUCGUGUCUUGUUGGAUCUUGGCUGUCUUAUCAGAGAGUAUUAUCCUGACUACGAUGAGCCGGACGUCGAUGAGUUGAAACUACUUGCAGAGGACUACCAAAUCCGCUCCUUGGCCCGAAUUGAGAGCACUUAUGGCCCAUGCCAGUCUCCUCCAGCCGGAUCUCGGAGUGACGACCGUGCCAACCAUGAAGCUGCAGCACCGGUUGAGAAUUGGGGUGCGUCAUCAACGCUUAAAUGGUUCUUAGCUAACUUUCACUUGACAACUUGCAAACAACACUGGAGCUCGUCCUUUGUGCAACCUUUUGUUGGCGAGGACCACAAUGCCUUGUUGAAGACCAUGGAUGAGUACGUCUUAGUGAAGGAUGUGUACAACUUUUCAAUGUCAGUUGUGCAAUCCUCCGGGUGUGGCAAGUCUCGAUUGGUGGACAAGGCUGCCGAGGAGAGGUUCGCAUUUUCCUUGAACCUUAGAGAGACGUUGUCUGGGCAUUUGGGGACUUACCCACCUUCUGAUGAAGAGGUCCGAGAUUAUCUCCUUCCCAAAGGGGUCGACACAAGUGAUGACCUAGUGCACCGGUACCUUGCGUUUUUGAUAGCCAUGUUUGAUGUCGCAGAGCGUAUUGUGCGUCCGUGGGGAUUGUCCACGCACUCCGAAAUCGCUAGCAAAUGGCACGAUUACCUUACUAAAGGCCGCUCGAUGCAGGACAUGGGGGAGAAUCGAAGGAACUUCUAUAAGGAUGUGAUCAAAGAGGCAAAGGAAUUCCCAUUGCCCGGCCUCGGGGAACCUGUGGCUCCAGGUGCUGCAUCCGCCACCUGGACACAGGUUGUGGAAGAGCGUCUCGUUACUUCUUAUGGGCGCCUCGUUAAGGCGCUCCAUCCCGACCCUAAAUGUCCUCCAUCCGGUUGCGCAUUUUUCAUUUAUAUCGAUGAGGCCCACACCCUCACGGAUCAUCCACCAAGGCGGAACAAUGGCCGCAAUCGUAGCGCCUACCACUCACUAGGUACUGCAUUGACAUAUCUGAAAACUAUCCCUGUCUUUGCCUUGUUCCUGUCGACGAAUUCGAAAUUGAAGUCAUUGGCCCCUACAAUGGCCUCUCAUCCUUCAGCCCGGGUGUUUGGCGCCCAGACAAUAUUGUUCCCACCAUACACAGAACUCCCAUUUGAUAUAUUCACGGGGGCAUCGAAAGGAUCGAAGGGGUUGUGCGACAGGCUUGAUGCAAAGGAUUCUUCGAUCACACUAAAAGAGAUGUGCUCCACAGAAAUGUUGGCUCGCUUCGGUAGACCGCUGUGGUUCUCCCUGUAUGAUAACAGGAGGACUAAAUCCGAAAACAUCUUUGACUUUGCAAUGAGAAAACUCGACCCAAAGAGGGCCACAGUUGCUCUCGCUACAGGCACCCACUGUGAGCACAGCGACAAGGAUGGUCAUGCCAUGAUUGCGGCUCUUGACAUCAGGAUCCAACUAUCUUAUGACCUUACACGUGAAGUUGCACGUUCGAUGGUUUCAACCUUAGUUGAGUCGUACAUGCGGGUAGUCUAUGCGGUGCCGAAGCAUCGUGAUUGUAUGUACUCUGGAUAUCCGUCUGAGCCCGUUCUUGCCGAAGCUGCGUCACGAUUGCUCAAUCAAAAGCGUCAUGAUGGCCUUAACAACAACCUCCCACCGAUUGCAUUUGAGGGACCGGAAAUACUGUCAAAUGCGCUGGGGGGUAAUCUGCUUGCUCGUGGAGAACGUGGGGAAGUUAUUGGUCGUCUGCUCAUGACUAUUGCACAUGAUACCGUAAUCAUGCACUGUAACCCAUCAUAUGGACAUACACCCGACUUCCAUUCAGCUAUCAGGGUGCUCGACUUCCUGAAGUGCCUGUUUGCUGACAGGUUUCACAACAUCAUACUCAAUGCUCUACCGGUGGCCGGGCGAAGCGGUGCACGUACACUUAAGGCCGCAUACAAGGAUGCCUACAUCAACUUCUCGCAUUUUGUUCAGAUUGACCGUGAAAACGAUCAUCAUAUUGACAUACAGUAUGUGUGCAAAUUGAUGCUGCGUGGGGCAGCUGUGAACUGUGCAGGUACACAGCGGGCUGUGGAUCUCAUCAUUCCGGUCUUCUUUGGGGAUCCUGUAAAGGAUGCCAUCUGCUGUGACAGGACUUCCGUACUUCAAGUUCAAAUCAAGAACCGCGAGUCAAUAAAAAAUGGCCACAUUGACCCCAAGAUCUCGAAUCCUCCCCCUGGAACACCCAUCAUAUCGCUCUUUCUUGAGUUAGGGUCUGACAUGCUGAGCAACGAGCAGAACGUCAGUGUGCGAUCGGGCCAGCGGAAGCCACACAACCAAUCACGGGAAGAUGAUCAUUACUUCAUCCUGGCGAAAGGCUGCACUGCUAAAACAUAUUCCGUGAUACCCCCGGAGUACAAUGCCAGGUAUGCUUCCUUGUUACAAGCCACGACAUUGGCAGCCGAAAUUCCGAGAGAAGGCAAUGCUGCAUUGGCACGGCGCCAAAAGGCUUUGUUCAAACCCACCUGGAAGGAAUCAUGGGAUUGGUGA